GGAGAAUUAAGACGUCUCGGACUGAAUUAAUUAGAAGUCAAACCCUGCUCGCCUUUGAGCUUCCAAACCCACCCAUGGCCGCCAACGUCGCGCCCGCUGAGAAACUCGGCGCCGUCGGGGUCGGACCCGACAGCGUCGAGGAGAAGAGCAAGAGCAGUCUCAUUCACCUCAAUGCCAGUGAGCACUCGGGAUCAGAUGAUGAAGUGUACGACACCAGCAAGAAUCCCUUCAAGGACCCCGCGGUCGCAGAGCACUGGCGUAAGGUCUAUGACGCCGCCAAGUACGAGUGCCGGUUUGUCUUCGACCCGGAGAUCGAGUGGUCUGAAGAGGAGGAGAAGAAGCUCGUCAGGAAGCUGGACAUGCGUGUCUGUCUGUGGGCUUGCGUCAUGUUCUUCGCGCUGCAGGUCGAUCGCGGAAACCUCGCUCAGGCGGUUUCGGAUAACAUGUUAGAUGAUUUGGGGAUGAACACCAACGACUACAAUUAUGGUAACAGCAUCUUCCGACUGUCAUUCCUCCUGGCCGAGCUUCCGUCUCAGCUGGUGUCGAAGAAGAUGGGUCCGGAUAGGUGGAUUCCCAUGCAGAUGGUACUGUGGUCUAUCGUCGCGCUUGCGCAGUGCGCCUUGACUGGCCGGACGAGUUUUCUCGUUACCCGCAGCCUUCUAGGACUUCUCGAGGGCGGGUUCAUCCCCGACAUUGUCCUCUGGCUGUCCUAUUUCUACACGUCCCGAGAGCUCCCAAUCCGACUCAGUUACUUCUGGACCUCCCUCUCGGUCACCGGGAUCGUCACCUCCCUCCUCGCCUUUGCGCUCCUGCACCUCCGCGGCGUCAACGGGUGGGGCGGCUGGCGAUGGUUGUUCCUCGUUGAGGGCCUAAUCACCUUGCUUGUGGGCAUUGCGAGCUUCUUCAUGAUGCCGGCCUCGGCGGUGCAAACCAAGGCCUGGUUCCGCCCCAAAGGCUGGUUCACAGACCGGGAGGUCAGCAUCGUCGUCAAUAGGGUCCUGCGCGACGACCCCUCCAAGGGGGACAUGCACAACCGCCAGGCCAUCACGCCGAUGCGUCUGUGGGAAGCCCUGAAGGACUACGACCUGUGGCCCAUCUAUGUCAUCGGACUCAUCGAAUUCAUCCCAUCCAACCCGCCAACAACCUAUAUCACACUGACCCUGAGGAAGCUUGGAUUCAGCCCCUUCACUACGAAUCUACUGACUAUUCCAUACAACGUCUUCCACAUCAUCAAUCUCCUUCUCCUGACGCGACUGUCGGAAAGGCUGAACGAGCGUGCACUAGUGUCGCUGCUACAGCCCCUCUGGACACUCCCAUGCCUCAUCGCCCUCCGCUGGUGGCCCGGCGUGAUCGUCGACAAGUGGGGGACCUACGCCCUCGUCACCGUCCUGACGUCGUACCCUUACGCCCACGCCAUCAUCGUCGGCUGGGCGUCUAAGAACUCAAACAACGUUGGCACGCGGUCUGUGUCUGCCGCUAUGUAUAAUAUGACGGUCCAAACCGGCAGUAUUAUAGCCGCUUACAUCUACCAAGAUUACGACAAGCCCCUAUACAAGGUCGGCAACCAGAACCUGGUCAUCAUCAACUUCCUUGUCAUUGGCGCCUUCCUCUUCGCCAAGGGGUAUUACGUCUGGCGGAACAAGCAACGCGACAGGGUGUGGGACGCCAUGACGGAGCAGGAGAGGCGCGACUACGUCGACAAUACGAAGCUGGCUGGGAGCAGGAGGUUGGACUUCAGGUUUGCGCACUAGGGGGGCUGUAAUAAGGUGUGCAGGGCGGAACCAGGGAUAUGAGAAGGGAGGAUUGAAGGCGAAUGGAUGAAGAGGAGAAAUGGAAGAUAAAGGAACCUUGAAGAAGGCGGGGUGCGGAAGACUAGCGGUCUUGAUAGA